AGAUUUUUAAAAAAUAAUUAAAAAACUGAAGAUUUUAAUUACUUUUCAAAUACAAUUUGCAACUGCCAAAAAAAAAUGCUUAGUGGAGGCAAUCGAGGUUAAAACUUUAAGGCGAUGAAUAUUAACUUUUUGUAAUGCAAGAGAUUGUGUCGCUACAAUAUGGACAAUGUGGUAAUCAAAUUGGAACCAAGUUUUGGGAAACAAUAUGCGAAGAACACAAUAUAAAUAAAGAUGGUUUGCUUGAUGAUUUAAAUAAUGGAGAUAACGGAAAAAUUGGAGUAUGUUUUCAUGAAAAUAACAACGGGAUUAAUAAAAAGUAUGUUCCAAGAACAGUUCUAGUAGAUUUAGAACCAGGAGUUAUUGACGCGGUUAAAAGUGGAAUUUCUAAAGGAUUAUACAGACCUGACAACUUUGUUGCAGGUAACGAUGGUGCGGGAAAUAAUUGGGCAAAAGGGUACUUGGUUUGUGGAAAUGAAUAUAUUGAACGAGUAUUAGAUAUAAUUAGAAAAGAAGUUGAAGCUUGCAAUUGUAUACAAGCUUUUCAUAUGAUGCAUUCAUUAGGAGGUGGAACCGGCUCGGGGUUUGGUAGCCUCACAUUGAAUAGACUCCGUGAAGAAUAUCCCGAUAUACUGUUCAUUAACACUAGCAUAUUUCCUUCGGCAUUAGUAUCUGAGGUAAUUGUAGAACCUUAUAACACUGUUCUCUCGUUAGAUCUUUUGUUAGAACAAUCUGAUGGUGUCUUCUGCAUGGAUAACGAAGCCCUCUCUAAAAUAUGCCUAAAUAAACUUAAACAAAAACGAGUUACUUACGACAAACUUAAUCAAUUAGUGGCUGCUGCAAUGAGUGGAGUCACUACAAGUCUAAGAUUUCCAGGCCAGUUAAAUGCAGACAUACGAAAACUGUCGGUAAAUAUGAUACCUUUUCCAAGAUUGCAUUUUUAUAUGACAGGGCUAUCACCUUUAUUAAAUGCAGAUGAAUUUGGAUAUUGCAAGCAAGGUGUGGCCGAACUAACCCGCGAUUUAUUUGAACCUUCUAAUAUGAUGGUAGACUGCAACCCGCGUGCUGGGCGAUAUCUGACAUUUGCAGCAAUGUACCGGGGUGCAGUUUCAAUGAGAGAUAUUGACGAGCAACUAAAGUUAAUUCAAAACAAAAAUAGUGCCUAUUUUGUUGAGUGGAUACCCAACAAUGCUAAGGUAUCAUCUUGCAAUGUUGCACCAAAAGGACAUAAAUUAACGGCAACGUUUUUGGCAAACAAUACAUCUCUUCAAGAUGUAAUGCGGAGGAUUCGGGAUCAGUAUUUAAAAAUGUUCAAACGAAAAGCAUUUUUACACUGGUACACUACUGAAGGAAUAGAAGAAAUGCAAUUUACAGAAGCAGAAUCUAAUAUAAACGAUAUUAUAUCGGAAUAUGAGCAGUUGACUCACAUGACAGCAAACGAUUUAUGUUGCUGUAGCGAUUUAGAAGAUUCUCUUGAAGAACUAGAUUCUGGAAUUUCUUGUUUAUAGAGUAAUUCUAUUACAAAUGAACUUGCAUAAUUAUGUAUUAAGUUAUAGUAAAUAUAAAUAGUAUCUUUCUUUAAUAUAUAAUGUACCUCACUGUUUUA